AUGGAUACAGUGCUGUUUGCUCUCACUGACGACCUCCGGAGGCAUCUGGAUCGGGACGGUUCGGCAGUACUGAUGCUGUUGGACCUGUCGGCUGUGUUCAGCACGGUCGACCAUCCGUUCCUGACCCACCGCCUCGCCGACGGGCAGAGAGACAAGAAGGGAAGCCGGGAAGCCUCGUUGGAAAGAAAGGGGCCGUACCUCAUGAGCAAAACGCCGUCUAUUCAAGACAAGCUACAGAAGCAUCGGGAGAUGGCGAAGGCGAUGCUGCGGCGGAAAGGUGUGCUCGGGGGAACCACCCGGCAACAACCCAACCCGGCAGCCAAGAGGUCGGUGAAGUUCAAUAAGGGCUAUGCCGCUCUCAGUCAGACCUCGGACGAUACCCUGGUGUGCUUGGAGUCAGACAGUGACGGGGAGCUGGAAUCCCGGUGUUCUUCUGGCUACUCCUCUGCAGAGGUGAACCAGGAUCUCAACCGUCAGCUGCUGCAGGACGGAUAUCACCUGGAUGAAGUCCCGGACGACGAGGACCUCGACCUCAUCCCUCCCAAGCCCAUCUCGUCCUCGCCUUGCUCCUGUUGCUUCGGGGAAUCCGCCUCUUGCUCCAUCCAGUGAGGGACGGCCUGGAAGGGCAACACGGCACAGGUCAAGACACCAGCACUUUUUUCCAGAGGGGGACUUGCGGGUGCCCGACAGAGGUCGUCGAGCCCGCCGUCAAAACACGGGUCAAAGCAGAUGAGCAGGCAGGCAGAACGGGGCGUGUGCCGUUGCACCCUCUGGUUCUUCUGGGGAAUGCCGCAUCUCCCCUAAAACUAUUUCUGCAGUACGCUCUCGGACUGCUGGGGGAAGCGGCCUGCCGGUUGUCUUGCCGAGGCUCGCCUCUCGGUGGGGAGGGAGCCGGCGGGAGAAGCGAUCGGGGUCCGAUCUUUCGGCGGUGAGCUGCCGGGCUCUCGUUUCGUGAAAGGAGGUACAGAGUCAAGGCAGGCUGGGACGCUUUAUAAACCUUUGGAGUCGUGGGAAAGAAAGGCCGUCGCCUAGGAUCCGAGUGAGCGCAUUUUUCCUUUUCCUUUGCACUUCCAAACCUUAACAAGGAAGCAGCCCAGGUGCCGAAGUAAUUGCAGGCGAUGUGUCUUCGUAGGGUGGGGCAGGACUGGGAGCUUGUAGCUGGUUCCGCCCCGUGCUUUGGUAGCAGGCUCAGCAGGUGUGAGACAAGUUGGGCCUCCUUCCUCCUCCUGAAGCAAAAAGGGAAUCUUGUUGACCGCGCUCCCCCCCCCAGUCUCCGUGAGCACCUGCAGCGGAGCGAAUUGUCCGCUAGCUAGACCAGCGGGCUCUCCCUCGGGCCUCCGUGGUGGGAAGGGGGCGCUACCCACUCGCUUCACGACUCCGUGGCCGCUCACCCCCGCCUUCCUCCGUGGGGCCAGCCGUACAAGGCCAUUUCUCACCUUCAUGUUACCUCCAGGAAGCUUUAUAAUAAGGGCGAGGACCCUUUUCCGCCUGAAGUUAGUGAUCCUGGGGGUCGAAAAGAACCCAGAGUUGCAGUUCAUCCAUCUUGGUUGCUUUUUACAUAGCAAUUCUUUCAGGCUGUUACCAGGAUGCUAGGUCAGUUCUUUUCUAAUCGACGAAGGAUCGCGUUUUGGAGUGGGCUUUGCUAGCCAUCAAUGCUGCUUGCUUUCGCCCCUUUCCCCAGCGACUUUGCCUUCCGUUUUCACUAGGGCCGUCUUGUGCUAGGGGAGGAGAGAGAAGAGGAGGAACGAACACUUAUAAAGUUCAUAAAAUGAAGUUUGAGUCCAGCGGCACCUUCAAGGCCAACAAAAGUUUGAUGCUGGGUGUAAGCUUUCGGGUGCAGGUACAAUUCUUCAGAGACACACGAAAGCUUAGGUCCAGAAUUUGUUGGUCUUAAAGGUGCCAAUCGGACUCAAACUUUGCUCCGCUGCUUCAGACCAACACGGCUACCCGCCUGAAUCUAAUAUAAAGUUCAUGUUUACUCGCCGUGUAGGUUGCACUGCUGGCUUCUGCCUUUGCAGAUGACACUACAGCUUCGAUAUCUGGUGGAACGCCCCACCUCCCCUUUAAAUUUCACUGACAUUUGGAUUUCCAAAACUGCCCCCAUGCUGUCUGUCUCUAAGCAUUCCGCGGCAGCCAAAGACCUGUCUUUCUCCAUCCUGGUCUGGACAAUCCCCAUUAGCCGUAUCUUGCCGAAAGAAAGGCCUGCCCAUUUUGCGGCUGCAGGAUCCCCAAACGGGCAUUGUGUCCUUGCUCGGGCCAGCUCCACAAGAGGGUUAUUCCUGGCGGGACGCCGAAGAUCCCAUUCGGGGUGCGCCAGCCAUACCUCUCAAGGGUCAGAACGUCCUCUUGGGCGCUGCCCUGCAGAGGUACCCUUGCCCCGUCGCUCCGCCGGGAAAUAAAGCCGCGAGCGAUCGGAGGACGGGGAGACGCUGCCUUCGCAGCCCGUCAGUGCACGACGACGUCCUUUGCAGAGCGGGUCCCUGGUGGAGCCACUUCCUUAUGAAGGCAGAUUUCUUCUCAACGGCCUUUCGUUUUCUUAUUUAUUUGGGUGCUGCGUGCAGUGUUUUC